AAAAGCUUAGAGAAGUAGGAAGCUCCUCCUCCUUAGAGAUGGCCACAUACCCUCCAAGACACAGUUUUUCCAAUGAGAUUCAUGACAUUGACAUAGUCAAUAACACCAUUGCCAUGGCUCCUGAGAGCUACUCUCAUCGGUCCAGGCUCUUGCCAAUAACUCUCCCUCCUUUUCUUCUUCGAAAGGUUGUAUCGGAGAUCAUAUCCACAUUCUUAUUAGUAUUUGUGUCGUGCGGCGUGGGGGCGCUACAUCUGAGCGACGACACAAGAGUGUCACAGCUAGGUGUUUCGGUUGCCUCUGGUUUGAUAGUCACAGUAAUGAUAUAUUCUGUGGGACAUAUCUCAGGCGCUCACAUGAACCCUGCUGUUACGUUUGCUUUUGCAGUAUCUAAGCAUGCCCAAUUCCCCUGGAUUCAAGUACCCUUCUACUGGUUAGCUCAACUAACUGGAGCAAUAAUCUCUUCAUUCGUCCUCAAGGCCUUGCUUCAUCCUAUAAAAAAUCUUGGGACUACGACACCUGCAGGCACUCCACUGCAGGCUCUCAUCAUGGAAAUUGUAGUCACUUUUAUUAUGAUGUUCGUCACUUCUGCAGUUGCCACUGACACUAGAGCUGUGGGAGAGUUGGCUGGUCUUGCGGUUGGAUCCUCUGUUUGCAUCAACUCUAUUUUGGCUGGGCCGGUGUCUGGAGGAUCGAUGAACCCUGCAAGAUCAUUAGGACCAGCACUAGCCAGCAAGCGAUUCAACUCACUUUGGGUCUACUUUUUGGGUCCGGUAGUGGGCACAUUGCUGGCUUCGUUCUCUUAUAACUUCAUAAGAUUUGAUAAAUCACGUAAAGGUGAACCUCAAAAAACACCUUCACUUAAGCUUCGCCGCUUGCAGAGCCAGGAAGCAGCAGCAGCAGAUGCCUCGGAUAUACCUUAGUUAAUGAGCCAGCUCCAGGUUUUGCAUAUAAGCCUUUCUUUAUAAGCUUAGCUCUCAAGCUGUGACUGUAACUGGCCAGGGGAGUUGGUUUGCUCUUGUAGAAAUAAAAAUGAUGUAAAACGCUUUGUCUAGGGCUUUCUGAGCCUUAUGGAAAAAUCAAUUAGCAUGCAAUUGCAAAGCUUUUCAGAAA